ACAAAUACAAAUAUAAAUAUCUGAAUAUCCUUUUUGGUGGCUAGUUUGAAUUUUAACUUCAAUUGCACUGUGUAGGUAUUCAAAAAGAAAUGAUUCUGUUUUCAAGAUGGUCAGCUUUUCUUGGAGUAAUAAAUUUUUUAAUCAAUUUAAAAAUGGGAAAUGCAUUUUGUAAUGUGGAUAAUUAUAAUUACAUUGAGAAUGGGUAUUAUAAUUCAGCACGACGUAUGUAUUGCAGGCAUAUCCAGCUUCCUUUAUAUAAGCAGUUUGAUAAUUGUAGAAGAAUGACAAUCUCAGAUUCAAAUAUACCUGAAAUAAUAACAGCAGCAUUUUUAAAUUUUCCAUCAACGGUAGAAUUACAACUAUCAGGAAACUUUAUAAAGAACAUACAACCUGGCGCUUUUAGUGGCCUUCAAGCUUUGGAAGAACUUGACCUACACAACAAUCAAAUAGUAAAAAUACCUAAUGGAAUAUUUAACCAUUUAGUCCAGUUAACAUCCUUGGAUUUGUCUAGAAAUAAUAUCAGCAGCAUUGAUCCAAAUUUCUUAACAGGCGUUAUUCACAUAUCUUCACUAAAUCUUGCAGAAAAUGCUUUAAAAUCGGUGGAUGAUGUAUUUUUAGGACAAAAUUCUCACUUUACAAUGGUAAAUUUGAGUAGCAAUGAAAUUUCUUCUUUUAACUUAAACAGAUUUAACAGUGAAAUUAAUACUUUGGACAUUUCAAAUAAUAAGUUAACAUCUGUCAAUGUUUGUUUUCCCGGAUUACAAAAUCUUGAUGCUAGUAAUAAUCAAAUAAAACAUUUACUUUCUGGUACUUGCUCAUUGAACACAGCUCCGCUAAAUUUAAAUAUCAGUUAUAAUUUGCUGAAUGAAGAAAGCAUCAUGAAUGUUUCAAAAUUGUUCAAAUUAGAAAGUUUAAGUUUAUCGGGAAAUAAUCUCUCCUUUAUACCUGUUAACCUAUUUGGUAAUUUAACAAAGUUGUCAUAUUUAAACAUGUCACAUAAUCAUAUAAGUUACUUGAAUUAUGGAGCAUUGGAUCAUUUAAAUUUUUUGCAAAGUUUAGAUCUGUCGUAUAACAAGCUCACUACUCUUAAGAGAUAUUUACACUCAUUGUCAGCACUAAGAUCUUUAUACAUCAAUAACAAUAAAAUCACAAACAUUAAUAGCAAACAACUACUGACCGAUAAUAAAGUAUUGAACGUCAUAAACAUAGAUAGUAAUGAUUUCUAUUGUGAAAAUUUAGUGGGAGUAGUUCAUGAUUUUAAAAAUGAAGUAUUGAAAGGUACCACAACUAUAGGAUCAAAUAUUCACGGCAUUGCUUGCAAAGAAGAAACAUUACCGGAAGCAAAUCCUGAGGUGAAACUCAAAGCAGAUAUUAUAAAAUAUUUGGAAACAACAAUUUCGGCAAAGCUUGAGAAAUCCGAGAGCCUUCAGUUCGACAGAAGCCUCAUGUACGACUAUUUUAACAAAGAUUUUAAAAACAGCAACUUUUAUAAGUACCUGGAGGGACUGAAAAAUAUUAAUACGUUAAACUUUAAUGGUACUGACAUGAUAAAGUACUUCAAUCAAGAUUUUAAAAACAGCUUGUUCUAUAAAUAUCUGGAAAGUCUGAAAGCAAACGAAAACUCAACCAGAGAGUUUAACAGAAGUCUUUACGACUACUUCAACAACGAUUUCAACGGUACUUAUCUUGUUAAAUAUUUGACUAAACUAGAAAGAUCCAAGGGUGAGUUCAUUGAUUCUUUUGACAAUAGCAGCAUGUUUAACUACUUUAACAAAGGCUUUAAAAAUAGCACUUUUUAUAAGUACUUGGAAAAUUUAAAUUCAAAAUUUGAUAAUAUUCAGCAAAAAGAUCAUGGUACUGCUGAAUAUCUUCAUAGCAGUUCAGAACAACAAGGACACAGUUAUUUUGCCACACAGUCUGUAAUAAUUAUGUUACUAAUUAUUUUAGUACUGUUUAAGGUUGUAAAAAUAUAUUCUAAUUACAAUUCGAAAAAUUUGAUACCAAGAGAACAGGUUGAACUUUUAGAUACAAAUAGUAUAGCGUAAGAAUAAGCUGAAAUUAUAUUUUUUAAUUUGUAAUAUGUAUAGAUAUUAUAUAUAUACACAUACUUCUAUGUCAAAGAGAGGCGGUGGCUCUUGAAGAAGGCUUUCAUCAGGUUGAAGGUGGAUCUAGCUUUUCCCAUGCACACUCUUAACUCUUGGUUGUUGGUCCAUUCUUGAUUUAUUAUGGUGCCGAGGUAAUUAUUGUAAUACGUCACUAAUUCUACAAAGGUUUGGUUUACGUAGAGUUGACCUUUUACUAUCUUUUUCUUGCUAAUACUGAUGACUAUAACACGUGAUUUUGUUCAUAAGGACUUGUAGUUGUUCUAGGUUAACCGAAAAUACUAUGCGAUGGCUUAGUGUGAAAACCUCGUAUCUCAUUUUUUUUCGAAAAUGACAUUUUGGUGGUUUUAGUUUGAAAACCACCUAUCUCACGAUUUACAACUGUUAGAAAAAAUCCAAAUACACUAGACUAUUUUCUAUAGCCAAAAAAAAAGAAACCACGUAUAUCAAUUGCUCUCUUGAUUUAGUGUGAAUACCACGUAUAUUUAUAACCAAGACUUUGGUACUUAAUUUGGAGUAUUUGUUUGAGAGAUUCGACUUGGAGAAAUGUUUUUUGUGAACAGUAAAAGGUAGUCCUGCAUACAGAAACAUUUUAUGAACCUUAAAUCGAAAGAUUUGUACUGUAACCUAGUAUUUGGAGGUGUGCAAUAAGCUAUGAAAAAUGAAAACCUCGUAAAUAAUAAUAAACACAACCUCAUUUAAGAUGAAAAACACGUAUAUCAAGAUAUACGAGGUUGUCAUAGUAACUUGGGCAAAGGCUCUAUAUACUGCAAGGAUAUUAACGUGUUUUUAACAGUUAAGAGGAAACAGUAGCGUUCAACAGGUAGCGAAAACGCGUUCCAAGAUUGCGGCUGUAAUUUUGAAUAUUUUUUCGAGAUAUGUGGC